AUGCAGCAGUCUAAGCAGAUUAAGCUCCUCUGGCAUGACGUCGCAGCAGCAUUCAACCUAGGUCUACGAUGGAAAAUGUCUCAAAAUACGAGCUUUGCUCAUGCCGCCAGCAAUAGCCUGCAUGCAUGGGCGACCACUCUAACCGCAAUCUACGGUGGAGACGACAAAUACCUCACAGCUGGGUUGCAGGGGUGCGAACUCGCCAAUGCAGUCGAACUCCUUCGCGACUAUGAGCCUUUCGUGGACAAUGUCCUCCCAGCUGUUGUGGAAAUGGCCAAAGAUAUCUUUAUUUCGAUGCACUACAAAUGUUUGAACCAUCAAGAGCCGUCGGAGCAUAAUGUUCUUCAUUUCUUCGCAAACUGGGAGUUAUGCAAUAUUGCUUCGGCGAUGGCUAUGGCUGUCAUAACCGACAAUCAAACAGUGUGGGAUUUUGCCAUGGAUUACUUCAAAAAUGGGGAAGGAACAGGCGCAAUCAACAAUUCUAUCACUACUAUCGUUGAAGAGCCUGGUACUGGAGCUUUACUCGGCCAAGGCCAAGAGUCAGGUCGUGAUCAGGGCCACUCAGCAUUAGACAUACAACUUCUCGCUGUUAUUGGGCAGCAGGCCUGGACCCAAGGAGAAGAUUUGUUUGCCUAUAAUAAUAGCCGGAUUCUCCGUGGCUCUGAGUACUUUGUGCGAUACAAUCUUGGAAAUGACGUUCCCUUUCUCUAUUACACGAACGGUAUAGUCAGCCACUCAGAACUUAGUAGUGCCUCUCGUGGAGCCAUUUGA